UCGAAAAGUUCAACUAAAAAAAAAGAAGAAGAACAAGACUCCGAGACUGAGAGAGAGAAGAGGAGGAGCUUGGUGCAUGGGCAACAAAGCAUUUAUAGAAGAAGAGAAGAGAUUCUCCGAUUGAAGCAACAACAACGAAGACUAAUCAUCCUUUCUUCGCCUUCUUCCCCAGCUUCCAGGGACUGGGGUGAUUGGUGAAUGCCAGCUCCAGGGAGUAUCUGUCACUAACGGUGGAAAAAUUUAAUGAUCGGUGUAUCUCUGAUGUGAUUUGCAUCUUUGAUUAUAAGUUAUGAAUGAUCCACAAUUAUUGAGGGUUAUAUCAUGUGCUCUGUAAAACAUCACCUGAGUUCUUGUCAACAUGGAAAUCAGGCUGGAAGAGAGAGAGUUCUCAAACGGUGAUGUUUAUUCCGGUCAACUCAGAGGAACUCUUCCUCACGGGAAGGGGAAGUACGCGUGGUCCGACGGGAUCAUCUACGAAGGCGACUGGGAAGAAGGGAAAAUCUCAGGGAAAGGAAAGAUCACGUGGCUAUCCCGAGCCAAGUACGAAGGUGACUUCUCUGGAGGAUACCUUCACGGCUUUGGCACCAUGACUUCCCCUGACGGAUCCCUAUACAGCGGAUCCUGGAGGAUGAAUGUGCGCCACGGUCUAGGAAGGAAAGAGUAUUGCAACUCGGAUUCGUACGAUGGGUCUUGGAGAGAAGGGUUACAAGACGGGAGUGGUAGUUACACUUGGACUAACGGAAACAGGUUCAUUGGGAACUGGAAGAAGGGUAAAAUGUCUGGGAGAGGGGUUAUGAGCUGGGGGAACGGUGAUCUUUUUAACGGGUUUUGGUUGAACGGUCUUAGACAUGGCUCUGGGGUUUAUAAGUACGCUGAUGGCGGUUUUUAUUUCGGAACCUGGUCGCGUGGUUUGAAAGAUGGGACUGGAGUGUACUAUCCCGUUGGGAGUAAACACCCGUCUCUCAAGAAGUGGCAUCGUCAUUUUGGAUACAACGACACUGGAAACUUCAUCCUCUCUCAUGAUUCGUCGAUAAACUUGGAGGAGCUGCGGAACUCGAAAGCGGUGUCAAGAACUCUUUCGGAGAUAACAACGACGAGUGGGCUGGCGAGAAACUCGGGGAGAAUGCCUGAGAGGUUUCUUGAUGAAAACUGGAGUACCACUGAUCCUCCAAGAGAUUAUAUGGGUCAUGGGCCUUUAUCCAAGUCUGGGCGGUCUGCUGGCUCUGGUGAAAACGAGGGACGCGGCAAGAACCCUAUAGUCUUUGAAAGGGAAUACAUGCAAGGAGUUUUGAUUAAAGAAAGGAUUAUGAGUUCUAUUGACAUGUCACGCAAGGCUAGACCUCUGGAUGGGCCUAAAGAGGUCAGCAUUAGCGCUUGUGUGUCCUUCCUUGGGGGGAAAUGGAACUAUUAUCUCAUGCUUAAUCUCCAACUCGGUAUCAGGUACACUGUUGGAAAAAUAACGCCGGUGCCUCGGCGGGAAGUUCGUGCUUCUGACUUUGGAGAAAGAGCCAGGAUCACCAUGUUCUUCCCUAGAAAUGGUUCCCAGUACACGCCUUCACAUAAGUCCAUUGAUUUCGAUUGGAAAGACUAUUGCCCUAUGGUUUUCAGGAAUUUGAGGGAGAUGUUCAAACUAGAUGCUGCAGACUACAUGAUGUCUAUCUGUGGUGAUGAUGGUCUGAGAGAAAUUUCCUCCCCUGGGAAAAGUGGCAGUAUCUUCUACCUUUCUCAUGACGACAGAUUUGUGAUCAAGACAUUAAAAAGAUCUGAGUUGAAGGUUCUACUCAGGAUGUUGCCUAGGUACUAUGAACAUGUAGGGGAGCAUGAAAACACGCUCAUAACGAAAUUUUUUGGAGUUCAUAGAUUAAAACUCAAGUGGGGUAAAAAGGUACGCUUUGUGGUCAUGGGAAAUAUGUUUUGCACAGAGUUGAAGAUUCAUCGCCGCUAUGACCUUAAGGGCUCUACUCAAGGGAGAUUUACAGAAAAGAAUAAAAUCAGAGAAAAGACUACCAUGAAAGAUCUUGAUCUUGCUUAUGAGUUUCAUAUGGACAAGCUGCUGCGAGAGGCUCUCUUCAAGCAAAUUUUGUUAGACUGCUCGUUCUUGGAAUCUCUGCAAAUCAUUGAUUAUAGUCUUCUGUUGGGAUUACAUUUUAGAGCUCCAGAUCAACUCAAUGAUAUCCUAGAGCCUCCCAAUGAAAUGUCAGAUCAAGAAAGUGACAGUGUUGCUUCUGUUGAAGUCGGUUUGCCUCGUGAACCAUCCAUUCCUCCAAAAGGGCUGUUAUUGGUUACUCACGAACCUAAUUCCGUUAAUACUGCCCCGGGACCUCACAUCAGAGGAAGUACACUACGAGCAUUCGCUGCUGGGGAGAAAGAAGUUGAUCUCAUUCUACCUGGAACUGCAAGGCUCCGGGUACAGUUAGGAGUAAACAUGCCAGCUCAAGCACACCACAAACUCCAUCAGGACCAGGAGGAAUCAGGAACGGUAGAGCUCUUUGAAGUAUAUGAUGUGGUUGUUUACAUGGGCAUGAUCGACAUCCUGCAAGAGUACAACAUGAAAAAGAGAAUGGAACAUACUUGCAAAUCAAUUCAGUAUGAUCCAAUGUCAAUUUCAGCCAUCGAGCCUACACUUUACGCUAAACGGUUCACUGAUUUUCUCCUCAAGGUUUUCCCAGAAACAGCAUAGAGAGAGAUCAAAUGGUUUCAUGAUUUGACCCGGUCGAUAUUCUUUCUUUCUGUUGAUAAGCCGGGAUUUGGCUCGUAUAAUGUUAUUUCGUCUUUUAUGUACACCAACAUUUAGGAUCUUAUACCUUAAAACAAAUUUUCUAGUAUUGAGUAAAAAGUCCUUUCUAACU